GUCCAUAACAUCUCUCCAGAUAGUCCAACGUAUCCAUUUCCGUCGAAAGCACAUUUCAUCACUUCGCUCCUAUUCAGCUCUCUGCAUCUUCCAUUUUCCGAAGCUCAGAAGAAGGCAAUCCUCAACUGGGCCAAGGAACUUGGCGCCCGAAACCUUCCUACACUCGGGGCAAUCAAAAAGCUUCACAUGGGCCUGGAAGAUUUGAUGGGUGAUCUGACCGAGAAGGUCACUUCUCAAUCCGGGAAUAUAUUCUAUAUAAAUAGUGUUGCGAAAGCGAUCGCAAAGGACUACGCAAACCCUCUUACUCGACUUGCGAUGCAAGACUAUCCCGAGGACAGCGGGAAAGGCAUGUCACAAGUAUUUCACGGCAAGAAAAUGCUGCUUGAUAUGCCAUCACCACCAGCAGUCCGGGUGCACGGGGCUGUUUAUUUUACGGAUGAGUUGUUGCAGGAUUCAACGGGAGGUUACUUCAUUCCACAGCGGUUCUUUUUGGGUGCCGCGGACCCUUCCAUAGACGACAUUGAAACCUGCGAGCACUCUGACAAAGUGUUAUAUGCAUUAGGUCGAGUUGUUGAACGGACUGAUGCCGGGUUCAUUAUCAGCGAGGACCAGGAGAUCAUCCUCACGUCUACGUUCAUUCGAUCGUUCGCAGAUAUCGCUGCAAAUUAUGGCGAACUUGAUUGUGGUCUCACCGCUUCUUCAGUCAAAUAUGGAUCACUCUCACCGAAUCCACUGCGCGAAAAGUCGAAAGGUCGAAUGGUAUAUACCGUUCCCUUGAUCAUUUUCAUGGACGACGUGUCGGGCAAUAUCUCAAAACAGUGGAAUAAGCAUCACGCUAUAUAUAUGUCCAAUGCCAAUCUGCCUCGGGAGAUGCUUGAAAAAGAGUUUUUUGUGCGGUUUGUCGCGUCAUCACCUCAUGCUCCGCCUAUGGAAUUGAUGUGUGCAAUGAAAGAAUCGAUAUGCGAUGCGGCCAAAUCUGGGGUCGUCGCAUGGGACUGCAAAUAUAACGAGGAGGUGAUGCUUAUCCCGUAUGGGCUAUUUCUUGCCGGAGACAACCCAAUGCAGGCCGAAGAGUGCAGUCAUGCAGGGCUCAAUUGCAACUAUUUUUGCAGGACUUGCGAUGUCAGUGGAACAAAGGAGUACAAGGAAUCUGCAGCUGGCUAUGAAAGUAUCUUCGUGUCAGGCAAUAUACGGACCCCAGAGUACACUGCUCAAGAGAUCCGACGACAAUUUGAGACCGCCUUCAAGUCAGGUGCCUCAACGAAACUCCAACAUUCGGUUUCGACGACUGGCAUCCGAGACUCAGCUUCGAAUUCAAUUCUCAACACUCUAGUCAAGCUUGGCAAGAGGCUCCGAAAACGUACUGCAGGGUCUCAAGCACUGUCUGAAACUGCGAUUGAGGCCACCCUUCAGAAAGAGUUUGAAGACCUCUUGAAAGGCAGAGAACUCAACGACGCCAUCAAUCCACUUUUCGGAAUGGACGCAUUAGAUAUUCAUAUGGAUACACCCACCGAAAUUCUCCAUACAAUACUUCUUGGUGUCGUCAAAUAUUUCUGGGGGCAAACUGCCUUUCUCCUCGAGAAAGCGAAGCUCCUCCAUGUUUUUCAGGAUCGGCUUGAGUCCAUCGACAAGGAUGGACUGAACUCUCCAUGUCUCAAUGCAGACUACAUUUGCCGCUACAAAGGCGGUUUAAUAGGCAAGCACUUUAAAAGCUUGGCGCAAGUGAUGCCUUUCGUUACUUACGACCUCAUUCCUACAACUGUCCUCAACACCUGGACAGUUAUUGGAGAGCUUGUUGUACUAAUAUGGCACACCAAAAUUGCGGAUACAGAAGUAUAUCUUGCAAACCUGUCUCGAAAAAUCGAAGAUUUCCUCAACAUCACGUCACAAUGCGCACCGAGUAUCCUAAUCAGCAAGCCGAAAUUUCACUUUCUCGUUCACCUUCCAGCAUUCAUUCGUCGUUUCGGCCCUGCGAUCGUUUUUUCUACUGAGAGAUAUGAGUCGUUCAAUCACGUCUUUCGUCUAUCGUGCAUCUACAGUAACCGUCAGGCCCCCAGUAGGGACACAUGCAAGACUUUCGCUCGACAAGACAUCAUGAAGCACAUCACCACAGGUGGAUAUUGGUAUGAUCCAACGGUCAAGAAGUGGGUUCGAGGGGGGGAGAUGAUUUUAAGCUACUUCGACGAGCAUCCGGAACAAGCAAGACUCCUUGGGAUACCAAACUCUGGAUCUGGAAAAAGCCAAACCACCUUCACUGCAGCAGGCAAGACUACACGAAAGGAUGUGGUCCCAUGGAAAACUACUCAGUGUGCGAGAAUUCUUCGAACUGAUCGGCCUGGUGUCAUCCAUCAUCUUGGAAAAUCUGUGGUGACGCAUCAAGGAGAACACGCGCACUUGGACAGUCAUGUCAUCUUCCGACAUCCAGCAGAUGGAAAGCCAUAUAUCGGACGUAUUCGCGAGAUUCUUGUAUCGUCCGAUUAUCACCAAACAGCGGAACAUAUUGCCCUCCAGGUCUUCACAUUCGCAGAUACUUUGCACCCUUCGCUUCAUCUGCCGUGUCUCACUCUUACAGAUAAUGAAGUUGUUUCAGCCGGCAUCGAUCUUAUCUGCAUAGUCAACCUCCAGCACAAUUGCGUCGAUUCACGGUGCACGGACUUCAAUCAAAAGCCCAUACGUCAAGAACAGACCGAAACCUCUGUAACAAAGGCUGUAAUUAAGCAUAAGCCAACUCCGAAUUUUUUUCUUAACGUCUACUCUAUUCACAACUACGAACAUAUCCGACUCAUCAUCCCAGAUACACUUCACGAAACCCCACUUAGGGUUGUCAAUGUGGCUGAAGUUCGUGCAGUGGCCUUGCGCCAACUACGAGACAAG